UCCAUUACGCUCCGAGCGCCCAUAAACCAGCCUGCGUGCUCUUGCUCGCUGCCCGGGGCCCGAGGAGCGGUGAGUAAACAGCCCCAGGUGGCGAGGCGGCGGGGGAGCCGAGCGCGCACCGAGAGCGCGGCGCGACUCUCCGGCUGAAUGCCAUUUGCUGGUCGCAGGUGUCAAGGAGGAACUCGGGCGGGGGGAACAGGACGCGGAACUGGAUCGCCGCCCGCAGAGGGGAGCGGGCUUGCGCUCCCGGAACUCGGCAAGGCAGGGCGCGGAGACCCGGGGAGGCUCCGGGCCGCCCCAAAAGGCGUCUGCCUGCGCGCAGAAAGAGCUCUGCGCGCCCCUCUCUCUCUGCUUAUCGUGAUGCCGGAAGGUGACAUGGCAAAGCCACUCCUCGGCCGACAAAAUGUUGGAAGUAAUGCAAGCCUCGUCCCAGCCGCUGGUAACUCAACGGUGGGGAUCCUGGGCAGUGGUGACUUUGCACGCUCCUUGUCUAUGCGACUGGUGUGCUCAGGUUUCAAAGUGGUGAUUGGAAGCCGGAACCCAAAGCGCAAUGCCACCCUCUUUCCAUCAGCAGCUGAAGUAACUUUCCAGGCAGAUGCUAUAAAGAAGACAAAUAUUGUCUUUGUGGCGGUUUUCAGAGAACAUUACACCACACUCUGCGACCUCAGCGAUGAGCUGUCUGGCAAAAUCCUGGUGGAUGUAAGCAACAACGAUGAAAUCAACCAUCACAAAGAAUCAAAUGCUGAGUAUUUGGCAUCACUUUUCCCAGCAUGCACUGUUGUCAAAGGAUUUAACGUCAUCUCAGCGUGGACGUUACAGUCAGGCCCAAGGGACGGGAAUAAGCAGGUCUUCAUAUGCUCGGACAACCAAGAAGCCAAGCGUGCCAUUGCCGAAAUCGCUCACACGCUGGGGUUCACCCCCGUGGACAUGGGCUCCUUGUGCUCAGCUCGUGAGAUUGAGAAUAUUCCGCUGCGGCUUCUCCCUGCCUGGAAGAUCCCCGUCUUCUUGGCCCUGGGUCUCUUUCUCUGCUUCUACACAUACAACUUCAUCCGGCAAGUUUUGCACCCUUACAUCCGGGAGCAAAAGAACAAGUUUUACAAGAUCCCUGUGGAGGUCGUCAACACCACAUUGCCUUGCGUCGCCUACGUCAUGCUGUCCCUCGUCUACCUGCCUGGAGUGCUUGCGGCCAUUUUCCAGCUCUACCGCUGCACCAAGUACAGCCGGUUCCCUGACUGGCUUGACCAAUGGCUGCAGCACAGGAAGCAGAUAGGUCUGCUAAGCUUUUUCUGUGCAGCUCUGCACGCUGUGUACAGCUUGUGCCUACCCAUGCGGCGAUCCCAUCAUUACUCGUUGCUCAGAGAUGCUGUCAAUCAGGUGGAGAAGAAAACAGAUCCAUGGGUAGAGGAGGAAGUCUGGAGGAUGGAGAUGUACAUCUCUUUUGGCAUCAUGGCCUUGGGCUUGCUGUCCUUGCUUGCCAUAACCUCACUUCCUUCCAUCUCCAACUCUCUCAACUGGAGGGAAUUCAGUUUCAUUCAGUCCUCCCUUGGCUUUGUCGCUCUGGUGAUCAGCACUCUGCACACCCUGACUUACGGCUGGACCAGGGCCUUUGAUGAAAGCCAGUACAAGUUCUACCUGCCUCCCACCUUUACUCUCACGCUGCUGGUACCAUGUGCUGUGAUCCUGGCCAAACUCUUUUUCCAGCUCCCUUGUAUGAACCAAAGACUGCGGCGCAUCAGGAAUGGGUGGGAGAAGGGCAGGUAUGUCAAGUUCACCUUGCCCAGAGCAUCAGGGGAAUUUUCGAGUGGAGAAAGCAGCAGCGCUGUGUGAUCCAGCAUCUCUCUCUCUCUCUCUCUUCCAUCAUGACAAGUUUUCAAAGAGCACUAUGAAGAUUCUGGGGGUUUUUUAUAUAGUUUUUGUUUGUUUUUUGAA